UGGUUGUGCCAGGGUGGCUCUGCAGGGUGGCUGUGCCAGGGUGGCUGUGCCAGGGUGGCUCUGCAGGCUGUGUGAGCCGUGUGGCAGAGCAGGACUGUGGGGUGGCACAAGGCUGGGCCAUCCCUGCCAGCGCCCACCCUCCACCCUGCAGGGUUCCCCUUCAUGCCCCCGUACUGGGGCCUGGGCUUCCACCUGUGCCGCUGGGGCUACUCCUCCACCGCCAUCACCCGGCAGGUCGUGGCCAACAUGACAGCAGCUCGCUUCCCCCUGGAUGUGCAGUGGAACGACCUGGAUUAUGCAGAUGCCAAGAGGGAUUUCACCUUCAACAAGAAAAGCUUUAAGGACUACCCGGAGAUGGUGCGGGACUUCCACAGCCGCGGGCUGAGGUACAUCAUGAUCGUGGAUGCUGGCAUCAGCAGCUCGGGGCCCCCCGGCACCUACAAGCCGUACGACGAGGGCCUGAAGCGGGGGGUGUUCAUCCGGAACGCCACGGGGCAGCCCCUGAUCGGGAAGGUCUGGCCGGGCCCCACGGCCUUCCCGGACUUCACCAACCCAGCCACUCACGAGUGGUGGCACGACAUGGUGAAGGAAUUCCACGAACAAGUGCCCUUCGAUGGCAUGUGGCUUGACAUGAACGAGCCCUCAAACUUCGUGGAGGGCUCCCAGCACGGCUGCCCCAACAACAACCUGGAGCAUCCCCCCUACGUGCCGGGUGUAUUUGGGGGACGCCUGCAAGCCGGGACCAUCUGUGCCUCCAGCCAGCAGUACCUGUCCUCUCACUACAACCUGCACAGCCUGUACGGGCUGAGCGAGGCCAUCGCCUCCCACGAUGCUCUGCUGAGGGUCCGGGGCAAGCGCCCCUUCAUCAUCUCCCGCUCCACCUUCGCUGGGCACGGCCGCUACGCCGGGCACUGGACAGGAGAUGUUGGCAGCGACUGGGAGCAGCUCUACUACUCCAUACCAGAGGUGCUGCUCUUCAACCUCUUUGGGGUGCCAAUGGUGGGUGCCGACAUCUGCGGCUUCAUGGGCGACACGAGCGAGGAGCUGUGCGUGCGCUGGACCCAGCUGGGCGCCUUCUACCCCUUCAUGAGGAACCACAACGACCACGGCACCCGGCCACAGGAGCCCUACACCUUCAGCCCUCCUGCCCAGGCUGCCAUGAGGAGCGCCCUGCGCCUCCGCUACUCGCUCCUGCCGUUCCUCUACACCCUGUUCCACCGGGCUCACACCGCCGGCGAGACCGUGGCUCGGCCGCUGUUCCUCGAGUUCCCCACAGACCCCAACAGCUGGGCCGUGGACCGCCAGCUCCUGUGGGGCGGGGGGCUGCUCGUCACCCCCGUGCUGGAGGCAGGACAGACCAAAGUCAGCGGUUACUUCCCAGCGGGGACGUGGUACAGCCUGGCAGGGGACUCCACCAUCCACAGCAAAGGGCAGUGGAUCCUCCUGCCAGCCCCCCUGGACACCAUCAACGUCCACGUCCGUGCAGGGCACAUCCUGCCCCUGCAGGAGCCCGCCUUCAACACCGCCCAGUCCCGCAGCAAGGGCAUGGCCUUGGUGGUGGCGCUGACCCCGGACGGCUUCGCCAGGGGAGACCUGUUCUGGGACGAUGGGGAGAGCUGGGAGACCUUUGAGAGGGGCGACUACACCGAGAUCCUCUUCCUGGCCUCAAACGACGCCGUGCUCAGCCAGCUGCUGCGGGCCAGCCCCCACCUCGACGGGGUCCUGCUGGAGGCUGUCACUGUGCUGGGCGUCACCAGCCCUCCCCGGCGAGUCCUGGCCAACGGUGCCAUCGUCAGCGACUUCUCCUACCGCAGUGACACCCAGGUGCUCAGAGUCCCUGUGUCACUGCCCAUGUGGGAGCAGUUUGUGAUCUCCUGGUCCUGAGCCAGCGUCGGUCACAGGGAGAGGCCAUGCUGCUCCCCUGGAGUCUGAGGCCAAAUCCGUCCCCAUCCCUUGUACCUGGAGCUGCCCCUGCUCUUCCCACGCUCCUGGGCCUUGUUUUCCCUCUGGCUGCAGGGUGGUGAUGGAGGGGUGUGCACUGGACUGGCAGAGGGAGAGGGAAAACCUCAUCAUCAUCAUCAUCAUCAAAUCAGGGGAAAAAUGACCCAAGUGCCUUGUGAGACAGCAAACCAGUUACCCUGUGGGACUGGUAACUGGGGCAGAGACUGCAGGGAGUUUCCUGGCUGUGGUUUUGGGGAGGGGGAUGUGCAGGAGCUGAGGGAGCAGUACUGUGAAUAAAGCUGCUGUUUGCUGGGAGCAGCCCCAGGCUGUGUCCUUGUCCCCUCUCCUGCUCCUGAAUGUGCUCAGCCCCCUGCCCCUGGCUCUGUCCUUGCCUGGAGGUCUCCAGUGGGAUCCCCUGUGCCCCUUGAAGGCUUCACCCCAU